AUGGUAGUGCUGGCUCCGGCCGCUCUGCAGCGGCGUCCACCUUGGAGCCAGCGGUGUGAUGAAGUCUACGGCCUCUGCCGCUUGCCAGAGACCUCCUGCGUUGGUACCAGUGUCGCUGGCUUCAAACCAGGCACCUGCUUGCAGAUCAGCUGCUUCUCUCCCACCAACUUCACGGGGAAGCAGUGCGGCUACGUCGACACGGUCUUCCCCUACUCGCUGCUGGUGGUGGCGGUGCUCAUGUACAUGCCUUACCUGCUGUGGCGUUACGCGGCCGCCCCCGCCCUCCACUCCGACCUCCUCUUCAUCAUUGACGAGCUGGACAAAUCCUACAACCGCUCCGUGCGCCUGGUGCAGCACAUGAGGAAGGUCCAGCAGGCCAGCGCCGAGCCGGAGCGAUUCUGGGAGGAAUAUGAGAGGGCCCGCCGGGAGAGGUAUUUUGAGUUCCCGUUGCUGGAGCGCUACCUCACCUGCAAGCAGCACGCCCACUCCCUGGUGUUCAUCUACGUCCUGAGGAGCCUGCUCCUGCUCUUCUUCAUGGCUGCCACCUGCCUCUACCUGGUCUUCCUCCACCUCAACAUCUUCUUCCAGGAUGAGUUCAGCUGCUCCAUCAAAACGGGGCUGCUCCAGGCGGAGCCCCACAUCCCCCCGCUCAUCCCCUGCAAGCUGGUCUUCUUCUCCGUCUUCCAGCUCAUCAGCCUCUCGGUCGGCGGCGUCUACGUCCUCCUCAUACCCGUCGUCAUCUACAACGCCCUGCAGCUCUGCCAGUGGGACAAGGGGCUGCUCUCCGUCUACGAGAUGCUGCCCGCCUUCGACCUCCUCAGCCGCAAGAUGCUCACCUGCCCCGUCAACGACCUCAACGUCAUCCUCCUCUUCCUCCGGGCCAACAUCUCCGAGCUGACCUCCUUCAGCCGCCUCAACGCCGUGAGCGCCUUGAGGGAAGCCACCGCCAACAAGCAGGACAUCGAUACCGUCGUCGACUUCAUGACGCUGCUGGCCGGGCUGGAGACCACCAAGCCCAAACACCACGCUUGCGCCCUGGAGCCCGACGGCAGCGCGCCCCUCUCCAACGGCGGGGCUCUAG